CCUCGUUGACAUGAUGCGAUGUAGUGACGUUAUAUAUUUUAUAGCAUCGUUGCGCUAGCCGUCAAACAUUUGCACCCUGGUAUGGUGUAAAUAAGCCGCUUUGGUUUCGUUAAUGUUACAUAUGAAAACGUGGUGUUAGAUAUAUAAAAUAGGUGAGGUCUCAAAUGAAAAUUGUAACAUUUGAGUCUAGCUUAUUACUAACCGUCAGUGUAUUUAUUAGCCAGUUAACGCCAUAACGUUCUAGCAGCAUCCUAGAGAUUCGUCAUAAGCAGUCAUGUUUGGUUACAGACGACUGCGACACUUGUAAGCGAUUGACGUUAACGCUACUUAGAAACGACCUGCGUUUGCGAGGAGAUGAACACGCCGCUCGGGAGGAACGGGUUAAUCGGGCUUGCUAUCGGAGCUACAGCCGGUUGCGGUUUGAUUGCCUUCAUUAUUUACAAGGAGAUAUGUAGGAGAAGAUCCCAGAGCCUGGUGCUGGAGGCCCGGCCAGCUCCCCGGCUGUUUGACGGGGCGGAGAAAGCAAUGCUGCUGGAGGCUCUGGAUGAGCAGGAGGUGGAGGCCCAGGAGCAGGCUCUGGCAGCAGUGGAGGCAGUGGUGCAGGGCCUGUCCCCGGAGCAGCAGCAGGAGCUCAGGAACCAGCUGGACCAGGUGCUGAACUGCGUGUCCUCACUGCGCUCAGAGGUGGCUGAGCUGAGGGGAGGCCUGCAGGACAUUGCCCUGCAGAUUAUUCAGGAUGUCAAAAAGGGAGUGGAGGACAGUCAGCGGGUGCGUCGGCGGCGCCAUGUUGUACACAGGGAGCGCACUGACUCCGCCAGCUCCAGCUCCAUCUACUUCACUGCCAGCCAGGGCAUGGCCAGCACAUGUGAGGAGACCAGUGAAGGAGGGUACUCCACGGCCUAUGCUGAGUCGGACUAUACUGAUCGUGACACAGACAAAGAGGAGGGUGAGCGGGAGCCUGAACAGGAGUCUGAGGAAGAGGACAAGAGCUGUGCAACUGUCCUCACCCUCCGCCAGGAGGACUCCCAGGAAGAGGAAGUGGAGGAGAGAGGGCUGGAGGAGGAGGAGGAGGAGGAGGAGGAUGAUGAUGAUGAUGAGGGAAGGCUGCAGCUGGUCACUGAAGUUCCCAGUGGGGAGUUGGCUCUCCUCCUGGCUCAGAGUGACAUCCUCCACACAGGAGACGCAAGUUUAAAGGCAGAGGGCUUUCACCUGCUGCUAGACAACAGAGCAGAGUAUGGACACAGCAGGGAGUUUCUGUGGCGACUGGCUCGGGCUUACAGUGAUAUGUACGAGUCCACUGAGGACAAACAAGAGAAGAAGACCUAUGCCCAACAAGGUCAAGAGGAGGCAGAGUUGGCCCUGAAGAAGAAUGGCCUGAAUGCUGAAUGCCACAAAUGGUUUGCUGUGCUGACAGGACUGACCACCCAGCAUGAGAGCAUGCACAGCAAACUGAAGAGCAGCCAUAUAUUAAAGGAGCAUCUGGACCGUGCAAUCACCCUCAGAGACGAUGACCCCAUGUGUUUCUACCUGCUUGGCAGAUGGUGCUAUGAGGUAGCCACUCUAGACUGGUUGGAGAAGAAGGCAGCUGCUGCACUCUACAAUAGCCCCCCGACCUCCACACUGCAUGACGCGCUGGAGAACUUCCUCAAGGCAGAGGAACUCAGUCCAGGUUUCUCCAAGGCUGUGAGACUUAACAUCGCACAGUGUCACAAGGAGCUAGGAAACAUCUCUGAGGCCACAAACUGGACUGAGCUCGCUCUGAAAAUGCCCACAAACUCUAAUGAUGUCGAAACGUCUAAGCUGGAAGCUCAGCUUCAAGUCCUAACUGACAGAAAAAUCUAAAAAAAAAGAAAAAAUAUUUCUAUUAAGAUCCAGCAGAAGGAGCCACUAAGCAGAUGACACUGAUUGGCUAGUCAGGCCGCCAAUCUGUGGUCAUCCAAUCAGAAGUGCACCACAAAUUGCACACUUAUUUUCUUUCCCUUCAAUGGUGGAUUUACCUUUGUCAUACUGUCACUGUGAAAUGAUAUGGAGUUUAUUGAUGUAUAUUUAUUAUCUUUAAUAUGGCUUGAUUGAACCAUUAUUGCUAUGAGUUAUAUAAAUCUUAAUGUAAUCUUUAUUUAAUCUAUCAUUUUGCUCACUUUUUUUAACGGAUAAUCAGUGAUUAAAUAUGCAUAGUUUUUUUAUGUACCAUAUUCUUAAUCCAACAGACAUACUUAAUGGGUCAGUUCCCUAAAUGACAAAACAAACAGUCACUUCACUCUAGUGGUAUCCAGUUAUGCAGAUGGUUUUGGCUUUAUCUAUUGAGACACUUUUUUUUGAAGUUGUUUGUAUGUUAAUUGGUCCAAUCUUUUCUUUAGUUAGAUUUGUGAAGUACAUGAGCUACAUUCCAAAUCGUAUACUGUAUACUUUUUUUUUAGUUUGUACACAAGCUGCCCUUACAAAGUAUUUGCUGUUUCAUGCAGUAAGCAUGUAGCUGAGACGUUCUGCUUAGUCAAAACAUGGCACCUUGAACUUUGACUAUCUGGGUGGAUAAGAAAAGCAUGCUGACUUGCAUACUGCAAAUUGCACUUGGGUGUAGUAGGACAUCUUGGUAUUUUGGCAGACUACAUUUGACAAACUAUAUAGUAUGAAAACAUUUUUUUAGGGCAGCAUAUGUAUUGGAACACACAGAUGACCACUGUGUCUUAGGUGCCUCAGGGCAGUGAGCUCCAAAGAGGGGACGAAUGGAACCAAAACCUUUCACAGGGUCAGAAUCAAAAAACAUCACAGAAAAAAAACCAUACAUGUGAUAAGUUCUCUAUUAUUUGUAAUUGUUUUGCUGUGUCCCUCUCUGCUGCUCUUUGACAGAUGUUUGUGUUGUGGAGAUAAAUGACACUUCAUGUAGAUUUAGUAAAACUAGUAUUUUUUACUAAUAAAUAAUGUAGUAUAAAGAAACUGUAUUGGAUCGCAGUCAGUCACCUCAGUACAAUAAGGUCUUUUGUUUGGUUCUGACUGAAGAGUAUCCUGAUAAUUUUGUACCUCAAUUUUCUUUCCAGUACGUUUGCUGCCUUGAACUUUGAGGGUAUUUAAUGAUUUUAACAUUCCUGUUAUUUUCUGAAGUGAAAGAUAAAUUGCAGUUUCUUAGCAGGUUGUUACCAUGUGAUCCAACAUUAUUUUAAUGGCACUUUGUUUUCUAUUUUUAAUUUAUUCUUGUUGAGGCCAUUUUUGCAGUUUCUGCUGUGAAAUAUCAGUAGAUGUGUAAAAUUUCCUCAAUAUUCUGAUCCUGCAAGGAAAAGUUAAUAUACACUGAAGUGACAUAUCGAUAACAUUGAAUAAAAUUAUUUUGUAUUGAU